GUUUGCAGAGUCCUCUUUGCCUGCUUUUUUUUUUUUUAAAUUAAAAAAAAUAAAAAAUUCUAUUGUGUCUCGGACGGAUUCGUUGCUGCUAUUCCAGCAGCUGCACAUGCAAGGCUGCAGAAACAUAUUUCAUACUCAAGACGAUCAGCUCUCUCCGCCUUGCACUUCCGAUGCUGGGAGACAAAGCUCACGGUGUGACUUUGAAGGUUAUGGAAUACACUUAUGAUGACGACCUGGAAGAGUUAUGUCCUGUGUGCGGAGACAAAGUGUCCGGCUAUCACUACGGCCUGCUCACCUGUGAGAGCUGCAAGGGCUUCUUUAAAAGGACUGUGCAGAACAACAAGAGGUACACCUGCGCGGAGAACCAGGAGUGCAAAAUCGACAAAACCCAACGGAAAAGAUGCCCUUUCUGCCGCUUUCAAAAGUGUCUUAACGUCGGGAUGCGGCUUGAAGCUGUGCGCGCAGACCGCAUGCGUGGGGGCCGGAACAAGUUCGGGCCCAUGUACAAGAGGGACCGGGCCUUGAAGCAGCAGAAGAAAGCUUUGAUUCGAUCCAGCGGCUUCAAGCUGGAAUCCGCGGCGGCUCCCGCUCUGUCCGCCUCGCCGCUGCACGGCGACUACGGCUUCCCCGGUCACGCACACGGCACGGCGGCCAUGCCCAAGCACAUGCUGCCGUCCACGCCGGACUCCGUCACCCCCACGGACUACGAGGUGGCCCUGUACGGCCCCGCGUCGCUGGCCGUGCAGCCCCACGUUGACUACAACCCCUACCCGGCCUUCCCCGGUCGCGCCAUCAAGGCGGAGUGUCCCGAAUACACCAGCUCGCCCGAGUCCCUGCCGGGGUACUCCUACCCGGACGCCUACGCCGCCUGCGCCUCACCGCAGCCCGCCGGGCUGCCGCCGCUGGUGGCGGAGAUGCUGCGCUGCGACCCGGACGAGCUGGCGGUGCAGAGCAAGAUCGUCAGUCACCUGCAGCAGGAGCAGGGCGGCCGGGGACGCGCCGACAAAGCCGGAGCCUUCGGCCUCAUGUGCCGCAUGGCGGACCAGACGCUCUUCUCCAUCGUGGAAUGGGCGCGCAGCUGCCUCUUCUUCAAGGAGCUCAGGGUGGGAGAUCAAAUGAAACUGCUGCACAACUGCUGGUCUGAACUUCUGGUCCUGGAUCACAUUUUUAGACAAGUGCAACAUGGGAAGGGAGACAGUAUCCUGCUGGUGACCGGCCAAGAGGUUGAGAUGUCGUCUAUUUUGUCUCAAGGCGAGGCGAUGCUCACAAGUUUGGUGCAAAGAGGACAGGAGCUGGCGGGAAGGCUGCGGGUCCUGCAGGUGGACCGUAGGGAGAUUGCCUGUCUGAAAUUCCUCCUCCUAUUCAACCCCAAUGUGAAGCUGCUGGAAAACCAGGCCUUUGUGGAGGGCGUGCAGGAGCAGGUUAACGGGGCCCUGCUGGAGUACACCAUGGCCGCCUACCCUCAGUACCAGGAGAAGUUCAGCCAGCUGCUGGUCCGACUGCCCGAGCUGCGCUCGCUCAGCAUGCAGGCGGAGGACUACUUGUGCUUUAUGCACCUGAGCGGCGAGGUGCCCUGCAACAACCUGCUCAUCGAGAUGCUUCACGCCAAAAGGGCCUGUGUGUGAGGGGUCGGACCUGCACCUCCGCCUGAGACUGUUUGCGAGGCCUGCGACCACAAAGUCCACGAGCGUCGUCUCGGCUCGUCUUUAUGGGAGAGUUUGACUUACAGAGCAGGACAAAGAAGUUCGCUUGACUUUCCUUGAAGCGUCAAACAUAUACACAUAACACGUUGUAUCCAUCUGAUGCCAAUUCUGUCUUCAUCUGGACGACAUUUUUUACAAUUUCACCAAAUAUUUUCUAAAACCACUAACCAAAUAUCGGAUCGUUUCAACCAAAAACAAGUAUCUCCAAUACAAUAACCAUCAAACAAAGGUUCUCAAACUUAAGAACACAGCAUACCGUCUUUUCUUGAAUAGCCGCCGGGCAUGUAAUAUGCGCCUGCAUUGAAUUAAUGCCAGGUCAAACCCGCUCUCCUAAUUUUUUAGCGCAUGUUUACUUUUACCACCGAGUCAAAUUUGUGACUGUCAUCAUUUUUUGCUUUUACUAUGUGUAAACAAGGGGUUUUGUUCCACAGCCAUACAGAUCACACUGAUGGUUGUGAUAUAAAACAACUUUAACACUCUUACUAAUAUGUGUCACACUCUGUGAACC